AUGGCACCGAAGGUUCCGUCUGUUCGGCUCAACAAUGGCCUUGAGAUGCCCGUCCUGGGGCUUGGCACUUACAUGGCGACGGAAGAAGAGGGAAUCGCAGCGGUAAAGAUGGCAAUAGACGAGGGCUAUCGCCAUAUCGAUACGGCAUACUUCUAUCAAAACGAAAACCAAGUCGGCCAAGCGGUACGGGCAAAAAUCGCAGAAGGAAUCAUCAAGCGCGAAGAUGUGUUCAUCGUAACGAAGGUGUGGAACACAUUCCAUGCACCGGAACAUGUGGAACAGGCGUGUCAAAAAUCGCUUGAAAAUCUCGGUCUGGAUUACAUCGAUCUGUACCUUGUCCAUUGGCCAACCGGAUGGAAGUUUUCGGGUUGGACGGCGGAUGAUUUUCUGCCGAUGAAUGCGAACGGCAAAACGAUUGAUUCCGAUGUGGAUUAUCUCGAUACGUGGAAAGCGAUGGAAAAGUUGGCCAAGUCGGGGAAGGUGAAGAGCAUCGGUGUAUCGAAUUUCAACAGCGAGCAGCUGACGCGUCUGCUGGCCAACUGUGAGAUCAAACCGGUAACUAAUCAGGUGGAGUGUAAUCCUGGCAUUAAUCAGCGCAAGUUGAUUGAAUUCUGUCGCAAGCAUGAUAUCGUCAUCACGGCGUACAGUCCGCUGGGAAGACCGAACUUGACCGACCCGGUGGUAGGCACCGACAACAUACCGAAACACGCGCUGGACGAUCCACGGGUGGUAGCGAUCGGGAAGAAGCAUGGCAAAAGCCCGGGUCAGGUUGUGCUUCGCUAUUUAGUCGAGCUUGGCACGCUCCCGAUUCCGAAAUCGUCCAAGCUGGAACGCAUCAGGCAAAACAUCGACAUCUUUGACUUUAAGUUGACCGCGGAUGAGAUAAAGCUGAUGGAUGGGUUCAACACCGGUGGCCGUACGGUACCGUUUAAUUUCAGCAGCGAGCACAAAUAUUUUCCUUUCAAGCUGGAGUACUAA